AUGACGCAAGCUAAAACGGUAGGAGCCCGCCUGAUGGGCGUGACCGCAUAUGUCGCACUUGCAGUAUCACUGGAAACUACAGCUAUUGGCGCAAUAGGGUCCCGUCCAGGAUUACGUUUGCCGUACGAGGUCGCAGGACACUCGGGUCCUGCGUACUUCCCUGAGAUUUUUGAUCCUUUUGUUCAGAAGGAAGAGCCGGCGACCGAACGCCAGCCGGCAGCUCUGUCUCCUAAAACAGAUCCUCGUCAAAAUCAAUCUUUUCAACUGGGUGGUACCACCGCAGCCGUAUCCGUUCCAGAGCCAUUAACAUCCAGGAGGAUACAGCCACGAACACCUCAGCCGACAGCAUUGGCCAGUUGUAAGCCACUGGUCUCCCAGCUCCAACAGGAUGUGGAUGAUUACUGCGCUAAACAAUUUGAGCAACUGUGUGCGAAGGCAGUACAGCGGAAGUACUGUACAAAAGACCCUGUGGUUGGUCGGUACGAUCCAAGAGCACGUAGUGUAGAAGAGGCCUGGCAAUGCCACAUCAGCACGGAAAAUGACCACCGUGAACGGAAAGUGAAGUGCGUAGACAACUGCGGGAACCUGAUGAAAUGCGUGGGGGAUGUGCGUUCAUCAGAAACCAUAAAGGUGGCCAUGCCCAGGAUGGACGACUGGAUCAAACGACGGAAGUGGACAUACUGUUCACGCUACCAACAGGCAGCAGAUGCUCUAUGUAACUUAAAGCAUCAUGGGGACAUCGCCAGAUACGAUCACCACGGGCAAAGAUGGAUGUGCCUUGACCUGGGCGAUGUUGCGUUGGAUCGGAUUAGUUACUGUGCUGACAACUGUGGCGGACCAACGCCGUGUGCAGGAGGCUUGUUACCAAGGGAUCUUCCAUACCGGAGUGUACGUCGUGUCCGACAUCGCGACAUGAAAUCAGCUUUUGAGGCAAUACAGCCAUGCAGAAAUGCUGGUGACAUCUGCGUGCCCAGCGCGGUGAAUCCACCACAGUGCCUAUCACAGGGGCAGACUGUAGUACUCCAGAGACUUGUAGAGCAGCAACGGGCUCUUGACGCCGCGUGCCAAGAGGCCAUGGACGAGGAAUGCAGAAAAGGCAAGCAAACGGAAGACUGCUUUGGACUGUGGCUGGCCCGUUACGACAUCGGCCGCAUCCCUCGGGAAACCACUGCGUGGAGGUGUUAUCCAGAGUCCCGACUAGACUUCACGCGACUGUCCAAAUGCAUCGACGGAUGCGGCAAUCGAGUUUCUUGCCGGGGACAGGCAGCAGAAGUGUCACCAGCCGUCAUCGACUUCUCCAUGCUGGACAAGAUCGCCGCCGACAUGAGUUACUGUUCCUCGUACCAGCGGGCAGGGAAUGCCUACUGUGCCCAGAAGCACGGCUCCGGCUGGGUAGCAAGGCAAAACUGCAACACCUACAAGUGGGCCUGUUUCAAAUUGGUACGCCUCGGCAACUUACCGGCGAGUGUCUGGGUAGGAUGCGCCGGCCACUGCGGAGAAUUCGUUUGGUGCCCCAGCGCUGGAACAGGAGCCGUGAGCGACGGUGUCCAGGAUGAAGACUUGGAAAACGUAGUCGUCGCCGUCCCGGACCCGUGUUUAGUUGGGGAGACGUGUGAGCCGGCAGCGCAAGAGCCGGCGUACUGUUCCGUAUCAAGACCCAAUCCCCUAUCGAAAGUAAUUAUGUCAUCGGUAUACGAGUAA